AUGAUUUGUGAACUUGAGGAUGAUGAGGGUAAUAUUGUAGCAGAUCAAGAUAAAAUAGAAGAUGUUUUGUUUUUUCACCAUAAAUUUCAGAAUAAAGAAGUAACCAUAGAUGAUUCCUUGUUGGAUGUUAUUCCUCAAUUAAUAUCAGACCAGGAUCAAGUUAUGAUAGAAGCAGUACCUGAAUUAGAAGAAAUUAAGAAUGCAGUAUUCAGCAUGAAUGCAGAUGGAGCUCCAGGACCAGAUAGCUUCUCAGUACUUCUUCCUAAAGUUCAAGGUGCAAAGAAACCAAACCAGUUCAGACCUAUUGGUUUAAGAAAUUUCAAUUUCAAAAUCUUUACAAAAAUACUAGCUACAAGAAUGAAUAAUCUGAUGGGUAAAUUAGUUUCUAACCAGCAAGCAGCAUACAUUAAAGGCAGAAGUAUACAUCAACAGGUUAUGUUAGCUUCUGAGUUGGUUAAUGAAAUGAAGCAUACAAGAAGAGGAGGAAAUGUUGGCUUGAAACUGGACAUAUCACAAGCAUAUGACUCAGUGAAUUGGAAUUUUCUGUUUAAAGUACUUCAAAAAUAUGGAUUUUCUGCAGCUUGGUGUGAGUGGUUAAAAGUAUUGUUUGCAUCUGCUAAAAUCUCUGUCAUGAUAAAUGGAGGACCUCAAGAUGAUGUAUUCAUCUUCAGUAAUGGUUCAAAGAAAAGUUUAGAAGCUCUCAUCACUCUGCUCAAGACUUAUCAAGAUAGUUCUGGUCAGAUAAUCAACAAACAGAAAAGUAAAUGUUUUGUAGAAGAUUGUACUCCAUCAAGAAGAAAUCAGAUUGUUAGUUUAAUGCAAAUGGAACUUACAACAUUUCCUGGAAAAUACUUAGGUGUCAUAUUGAAGCCUGGGAGAGUUAAGUCUGCUACUGUGUGA